CCGUUUAUCCGUACAAACCGGUCUUCUGGGCUGCCUGCGCUGAGCAUGCCGCUAUAAAAAGGCGUACAGUACUUGCUUGUGGUUAUCACAGGACCUCCUCGGUACAACUGAAAGCUCGUCGAGAUGCUCAAGUACGCGUCGAUCGCCCUCGCCUUGGCUGCACUUGGUGUGGCUCAGCAGCAGGAAUGGCAGCAGUGCGGUGGUAUUGGUUGGGCUGGCGCGACUGCCUGCGUCUCUGGGACGGUCUGCACCGUUAUGAACGACUAUUACUCCCAGUGUUUGCCCGGAACUGCUCCUGCUGGCCCUUCUAGCACCUCCUCGACCGCGCCAUCCGCUCCGAGCACUCCUGCCGGCUCUCUUCCCCGUCUCGGAGGAGUCAACACCUCAGGCUAUGAUUUCAGUGUCGCUACUAACGGCAGCUUCUCCGGAACUGGUGUCUCGCCUCCUGUCUCUCAGUAUCCUCACUUCACAGCGGAGGGCGCAAACCUCUAUCGUAUUCAUUUUGCUUGGCAGCUCAUGACUCCCACCCUGGGUGGAUCCAUCGACUCGGGUUUCUUCUCUGAAUAUGACCAGACUGUGCAAGCUGCACUGAGCUCUGGACCGAACGUCUACGUUAUCGUCGAUCUACACAACUAUGCUCGAUGGAAUGGCGGCAUCAUUGCUCAAGGUGGACCUACUGAUGCUCAAUUCCAGAGCAUCUGGACGCAGCUUGCCCAGAAGUACGGCAGCAACGAGCGUAUCAUUUUUGGUAUCAUGAACGAGCCGCAUGAUCUCAACUCCAUUUCUACCUGGGUCAACUCCGUGCAGGGAGUCGUCAAUGCCGUCCGUGCUGCUGGAUCCCAGAACUACCUUCUCCUUCCCGGAAGCAGCUACUCGUCGGCGCAAACUUUCCCUACCGAGGCCGGACCUCUUCUUGUGUUGGUCACUGACCCUCUCGGCGGUACUAGCAAGCUUGUCUUCGAUGUCCACAAGUACCUCGACAGCGAUAACAGCGGAACUCACCCAGACUGCACGACCGACAACGUCCAGGUCCUUCAGACCCUCGUCCAGUUCCUGCAACAAAACGGCAACAGGCAAGCUAUCCUCAGUGAGACCGGCGGCGGUAACACUGCUAGCUGCGAGUCCCUUCUCAGCAAUGAGCUCGCGUACGUGAAGUCUGCCUACCCCAACCUUAUUGGCUUCUCUGUUUGGGCCGCGGGUGCUUUCGACACCACCUAUGUUCUUUCAGUUACGCCCAACCCUGACGGUUCUGACCAGCCCCUCUGGGUCGACGCCGUUCAGCCUAACCUCCCUUGAAAACCUGGGCAGCCUUCGCGACUCUGCGCUUGCUUGAACAGGGUAUGAUGCGUAAGAUACACCAUGUGUGCUAGAUUUGGCUUGAUCAAAUAUACGAAGAUGCUUUCC